AGCUUCAUCAACUCCAUCAACAAUAUCUUUCAGGACAAAUGUAUGAGCGUUGCCUUAGCUGAUAAUGCUUCUGCAGGUGCAAGCUUCACAAAAAAGGUACAUUCUUAGGUAUUACAGUGGAUUGCGAAAGUAUUCAUCCCCCUUGGCAUUUUACCUAUAUUGUUGCCUUACAACCUGGAAUUAAAAUAGAUUUUUUGGGGGUUUGUAUCAUUUGAUUUACACAACAUGCCUACCACUUUGAAGAUGCAAAAUAUUUAUUUGUGUGAAUGAAACAAGAAAUAAGACAAAAAAACAGAAAACUUGAGCGUGCAUAACUAUCACCCCUCCAGAGUCAAUACUUUGUAGAGCCACCUUUUGCAGCAAUUACAGCUGCAAGUCUCUUGGGGUAUGUCUCUAUAAGCUUGGCACAUCUAGCCACUGGGAUUUUUGCCCAUUCUUCAAGGCAAAACUGCUCCAGCUCCUUCAAGUUGGAUGGGUUCCGCUGGUGUACAGCAAUCUUUAAGUCCCACAAAUUCUCAAUUGGAUUGAGGUCUGGGCUUUGACCAGGCCAUUCCAAGACAUUUAAAUGUUUCCCCUUAAACCACUCAAGUGUUUCUUUAGCAGUAUGCUUAGGGUCAUUGUCCUGCUGGAAGGUGAACCAGUCUCAAAUCUCUGGAAGACUGAAACAGGUUUCCCUCAAGAAUUUCCCUGUAUUUAGCGGCAUCCAUCACUCCUUCAAUUCUGACCAGUUUCCCAGUCCCUGCCGAUGAAAAAAUAUCCCCACAGCAUGAUGCUGCCACCACCAUGCUUCACUGCGGGGAUGGUGUUCUCGGGGUGAUGAGAGGUGUUGGGUUUGCGCCAGACAUAGCGUUUUCCUUGAUGGCCAAAAAGCUCAAUUUGAGUCUCAUCUGACCAGAGUACCUUAUUCCAUAUGUUUGGGGAGUCUCCCACAUGCCUUUUGGCAAACACCAAACGUGUUUACUUAUUUUUUUAUUUAAGCAAUGUUUUUUUUCUGCCCACUCUUCUGUAAAGCCCAGCUCUGUGGAGUGUAAGGCUUAAAGUGGUCCUAUGGACAGAUACUCCAAUCUCCGCUGUGGAGCUUUGCAACUCCUUCAGGGUUUUCUUUGGUCUCUUUGUUGCCUCUCUGAUUUAUGCCCUUCUUGCCUGGUCCGUGAGUUUUGGUGGACGGCCCUCUCUUGGCAGGUUUGUUGUGGUGCCAUAUUCUUUCAAUUUUUUAAUAAUGGAUUUAAUGGUGCUCCGUGGGAUGUUCAAAGUUUUUGAUAUUUUUUUAUAACCCAACCCUGAUCUGUACUUCUCCAAAACUUUGUCCCUGACCAGUUUGGAGAGCUCCUUGGUCUUCAUGGUGCCGCUUGCUUGGUGGUGCCCCUUGCUUAGUGGUGUUGCAGACUCUGGGGCCUUUCAGAAAAGGUGUAUAUAUACUGAGAUCAUGUGGCAGAUCAUGUGACACUUAGAUUGCACACAGAUGGACUUUAUUUAACUAAUUAUGUGACUUCUGAAUUUAAUUGGUUGCACCAGAUCUUAUUUAGGGGCUUCGUAGCAAAGGGGGUGAAUACAUAUGCACACACCACAUUUCCGUUAUUUAUUUGUUUAUAAUUCUUUGAAACAAGUUAUUUUUUUCAUUUCACUUCACCAAUUUUGACUAUUUUGUGUAUGUCCAUCACAUGAAAUCUAAAUAAAAAUCAGUUUAAAUUACAGGUUGUAAUGCAACAAAAUAGGAAAAAUGGCAAGGGGGAUGAAUACUUUUGCAAGGCACUGUAUGUGACACAUUCAAAGUAGCAAUUGUUCACAACAAUAUAUAUAUAUAUAUAUAUAUAUAUAUAUAUAUCCUAUAUCUAACAUAUUCAUUACAUGAAAUCUAAAUAAAAAUGGAAUUAAUGCAGUAUGAUUUUUAUACAGUACGUAGUUGUAAUUUUGCAAUGUAUUUUUACAGUAUGAAACCCACAAAAUUGUGAAAGAAAAACCUGGAACCUACUACCCCUUCCAAUUCUAUGAUGUCAUGGGCCUGGAGAAUGGUAUUGACAAAGGAGUUGAUGAGGCGGACAUUAUCAAGGCCCUGAAGGGGCAUAUAAAAGAGGGUUACACGGUAAGAACUGAACACAGCAACCUCUCAGUCUGUAAAUAUGUUUGCUGUAUACAGUACCAGUCAAAAGUUUGGACACACCUACUCAUUCAAGGGUUUUUCUUUAUUUUUACUAUUUUCUACAUUGUAGAAUAAUAGUGAAGACAUCAAAACUAUGAAAUAACACAUAUGGAAUCAUGUAGUAACCCAAAAAGUGUUAAACAAAUCGAAAUAUAUUUAUAUUUGAGAUUCUUCAAAUAGCCACCCUUUGCCUUGAUGACAGCUUUGCACACUCUUGGCAUUCUCUCAACCAGGUUCACCUGGAAGGCUUUUUCCAACAGUCUUGAAGGAGUUCCCACAUAUGCUUAGCACUUGUUGGCUGCUUUUCCUUCACUCUAACAUCCAACUCAUCCCAAACCAUCUCAAUUGGGUUGAGGUCGGGGGAUUGUGGAGGCCAGGUCACCUGAUGCAGCACUCCAUCACUCUCCUUCUUGGUAAAAUAGCACUUACACAGCCUGGAGGUGUGUCAUUGUCCUGUUGAAAAACAAAUGAUAGUCCUAAUAAGCCCAAACCAGAUGGGAUGGCGUAUCGCUGCAGAAUGCUGUGGUAGCCAUGCUGGUUAAGUUUGCCUUGAAUUCUAAAUAAAUCACAGACAGUGUCAACAGCAAAGUACCCCCACACCAUAACACCUCCUACAUGCUUUACGGUGGUAAAUACACAUGCGGAGAUCAUCCGUUCACUCACACUGCGUCUCACAAAGACACGGCGGUUGGAACCAAAAAUCUCAAAUUUGGACACCAGACCAAAGGACAAAUUUCCACCGGUCUAAUGUCCAUUGCUCGUGUUUCUUGGCCCAAGCCGGUCUCUUCUUCUUAUUGGUGUCCUGGUUUCUUUGCAGCAAUUAGACCAUGAAGGCCUGAUUCACACAGUCCCCUCUGAACAGUUAAUGUUGAGAUUUGUCUGUGACUUGAACUCUGUGAAGCAUUUAUUUGGCUAGUAACUCUAAUGAACUUAUCCUCUACAGCAGAGGUAACUCUGGGACAUCCAUUCCUGUGGUGGUCCUCAUGAGAGCCAGUUUCAUCAUAGCGCUUGAUGGUUUUUGCUACUGCACUUGAAGAAACGUUAAAAGUUAUUGAAAUGUUCCGUAUUGACUGACCUUCAUGUCUUAAAGUAAUGAUGGACUGUUGUUUCUCUUUGCUUAUUUGAGCUGUUCUUGCCAUAAUAUGGACUUGGUCUUUUACCAAAUAGGGCUGAUUGGCUCAAAUGCAUUAAGAAGGAAAGAAAUUCCACAAAUUAACUUUUAAGAAUGCAUACCUGUUAGUUGAAAUGCAUUCCAGGUGACUACCUCAUGAAGCUGGUUGAGAGAAUGCCAACAGUGUGCAAAGCUGUCAUCAAGGCAAAGGGUGGCUAUUUGAAGAAUCUCAAAUCUCAAAUAUAUUUUGAUUUGUUUAACACUUCUUAGGUUACUACAUGAUUCCAUAUGUUUUAUUUCAUAGUUUUGAUGUCUUCACUAUUAUUCUACAAUGUAAAAAUAAAGAAAAACCCUUGAAUGAGUUGGUGUGUCCAAACUUUUUACUGGUAGUUUAUAAUAAACAUUAUUGUUUUUCACUAUUUUUUCACCAGUUUAAUCCCAUAUCACCUUUAACCGAGGAGAAUAAGUACUAUGUGAAGGCCCCCACUCUAUCUGACACAGUUCACUGCCUAGUUAGUGCAAUACCAGCUGAUAAACUGCCUAUGAUGAAUGCCAACAAGAAUGAUGAGAAUACUGAUGUCUUCAAGAAGAUGAGAGCCAUCAGACUAGCAGCAAGUUACAUAGGUAACACGUUUUUAUGGAACAUUGUUUAUAAUAUAUAAUGUUGGUGGCAGGGUCUCAUCAUACAAUUGACUAGUCGGUGCAUAUCAGCCCAUAUCAGAGCAGCGUUUGAACCCUUGGGCGCCUUCAGCAGGACACAACGUUUUGGAAUGUUCAGAUAGAAAUAUGUAGUGUAGAACAAACAUGCCUCUCCGACCUAUAGACCAUGUAAUCAUGUCCGCUCUAUUCAUGGCUAUUCUAUCUGCAACAUUCAACAACGUUUGGAAAAUGAAUGUUGCCCUGGUCUUGAACCCAGUUUUAAAUAUGUGUUUUUUCACUAAUAAUACAGUAUAUUUUCAUGUACAAUAAAAAAAUUACUUAAUACAUACACAAACUGACAUGAUACUUUAGACCUUUAGUAGUAAUAAGAUGGAAGAGACACAAGAUUCAAUUGGUUUCCAUGUAUUUGGCAGGGAUUCCCCAAAUGGUUAUUCUCACCAAAGUGGAUUUAGCCUGUCCAUUGGUGAGGGAAGACCUGAGAAAGGUCUAUCUGAGCAAGUAUAUAAAGGAGAAGGUAAGUGAAUUAUAUUUUUUAAGUUUACCUAGAAAUGCAAGUAUUUGCAGAUUCGGCGCUCCAUAGUCUCACUUGAUGAGGAAAACAUUUACAUGUUAUAUCUGUCGGGAGACUGUGUAAUAUGACUGAUAAUGUGGAACAAUUAUAUUGGUGCGCUGGUUUUGUGUUACUGACUAUUUGGAUUAAUCAUGUACGAUUUCGCAGUUUUCAUUAGUUUCAUAUCCUGGACUGGUUCUGGGUUGCCAAGAUAUGCACUCCUGGACCAUAGGCCCUGGCCUACAGUAUGAAAUAAAUGGUUUGAGGGAGCACUUUAAUUUAUGCUUUUUCGUCUCCCUGGGAGAUACAUGUCCAAAUGUAUUAUUCUACUCAUCUGAUUGAAUUCCAACCAUAUUCUUUCAUUGCAGAUGGAGCAGUGUAGUAAUGAACUGGGAGUACCAGUAGGCUGCAUUAUGCCUGUGAAGAACUACCACGAGGAAAUCGACUUGGAUGAUGACAUGGAUGUGCUGCUAUUGAGAUCACUGAAGCAGAUGGUGAACUUUGCAGAGGGCUUCAAGCUACCACAAGCUGACUGAUGUAUAUACAGUACUCCAUCUAUAGCGUGUCACUGUAUAAUACCUCCAUCUAAAGAAGCCCUGUUCACACCUGGUAUUUACACCUGACUUUUGUGAUCCAAUCACCAUGAUCUGAUUACUCUCCAACUAUGGUCCAGUGCGUCCACAAAAGGGAUGGCAUCAUUUCUCAAUUGAACUGAGAAUACAUUUAGAAUUUCAUUCAAAUCUUGAGUUUGAAUUAUAAUUGUCUGUACCGUAAAAUCAACUGCUACCCAAUCUACUUAGCUCUACUCUGGGAAAGGUCUGUUGAAGUCUGUCUGUUAUUUAGUGUUGGUAGGGCAUUCAUUAAACAAUAGUGUCAGUCCUCCUUUACCUAUAAUAAGGUUCAAAGUGAACUUGUUACUGUAUGAAAGGAGUAAGUAUCCAUGUCUAUGCUC